GGGCGGCCGCGGCCAGAUAGAGCCGGCCGAGCCGCGUUAGUACGUCGGUCGAGCAUUCCCAGAGCGGACUCUCGCCGCGCAGAGCAGCGCCCGCCGCACAGAGCAGAGCCCGGACUGCAGCCAGCCCCCGCCGGACAUACAGAAGGUGCGACCCCACAGCUGUCAGGAUGCGCGUGCUGAGCUGAUCCCUCCCGGGUUCCCUGUCCCUCAGGUGCGACCCCACAGCUGUCAGGAUGCGCGUGCUGCUGCUGACCCUGCUGGUCGGAGGCGCCCUGGCCUGCCAGAACCGCCUGGACACGGUGGUGCAGGAGGCCAUCGGAGGCGCCACAGACCUGUCCACAUCCGUGCACGAUGACUGCAACAGUGACGUGGGAACCUUCCUGGCCGCACACGCGCCCAACUACAAGCACGUGCUCAGGAAGUCCCUGUCGCUCUCCCUCAAGUACCUGGCCAUUUCCAGCCACUUCGGCAGCGACCUGAACCACCGCCUCGGCUUCAAGAAGCUGUUCCGUGAGGCCUCCGACCAGCGCUUCGACCAGGCCAUCGACAUGAUCAAGUAUGUCAUCAAGCGCGGAGGCAACGUCAAGGAGCACUUGAACGUGAAGGUCACUGCAGCGCCGCUGAGGCCCCAGGCGCUGUCGUCGCUCGGCCUCGCGCUGGCUGACGCCAAGGACAUGUACGCCGAGCAGGCGCGGCUGCACAGCGCGGCGCUCUGCCUCAGCCCCAGCGCCGUCGGCUGCUCCGUGGACGCCGACCUGGCGCACCAGUCGCAGGACGCCAUCGAGUCCGAGGUGGAGCGUGUCAACGAGCUGGCCAGCAAGGCCAACCAGCUGGCGGCCAUGUUCACCAGCACCGAGUACAGUCUCGCCGAGCACCUGUUCGACCAGCACCUGCUCUAGGGCGCCCCUGGCGGCGGAAGGACGAAGCUGUGUAUCCGGCCGUCGACACCGGGCGGCGCUGUGACGGUCGGCGGCUGACAGCGGACGGCGGGCGGAACGCGGUGUUCUCUGUUUGGAAGUGUCUUUGUGCCGUGAUCGCUAUCGACUACUGAUGUUGGUGAAAUAAUACACUCGGCCAACCCUGA